CCGGUGGCUUAGGACAAGAUAUUAGCAACAAAACUAAUCUGGCAAGCUGUACGUAUGUGAAAAGACAACCAAAUAUUGCGAAUCUCACCUUAAUUUGUGCUCUGUGGACCAACUAGAUGACAAAUUUGGAUUCUUGUAUUGUUAUUGAGCGGAUAAAUUAAGAUGUUGAUGGCUUGACGGCGUGGAAAUACGCGUUUUGAGCGCUUGCAAAUCGCUCAGCUUCAGCAAUCCGGCAUACAUCAACAUCGAGGGUAACAAGGGCAGAUCACAGAUCGACGGAAAAUAUCAAAGUCAUCGGAGUCCGAUCAACUCUGCACACCAGCGAUAGCACUUAAUUUACAGUAUGUCGGCUGUUGGCCCGGUCUCGGACAAAAUCGACCCGUUUGUAAAGAAGUCAGUUAGGAAAGGAAAGCAGAAAAGAUCGCAAGGGUCGUCCAAGUACAGAACGAAGAACAGCGUGGAGCUUCAACCCCUGGCCCUUUUGAAAGAUACUCCACCUACAGAGCAACAAGAACUUUUCCUCAAGAAACUUCAACAGUGUUGCGUGGUGUUUGACUUCAUGGACGCUGUAUCCGACCUCAAGGGCAAAGAAAUCAAGAGAGCUAGUCUAAAUGAACUAGUGGAUUAUAUCACAGCUGGAAGGGGGGUUCUCAAUGAACAGGUUUAUCCAGAUGUGGUCAAAAUGGCACCACCAAACAAUCACUGUAUCAAAUAUUAG